AUGACUAAAGUUAAGACUUUAUCUGACUCGCGGAAUUUCAAAACUGCAGCAGACGUCAGGAAUCUGCUAUCACAAGAAGUGAAGUUUAGACAGCAGUUUUUCAGCGUUGAAGAUUACAAAGCUUCUAAUCCUGUUCGCUGUCCCAUACAGAGCAUCCUAUAUUUGUUGAUGGUUACCUGUUAUCUUGGUGUAUCAUCCAAAUUUCGUGUUAGUUGUCACUCUUUCAAAAAAUUGCUUGUAACACCCUUCAGAGCUGCACGAACAAAGUGGAUAGGAAAUCUUUCAGAAGAACUCAGUAAAGAUAAAGCAGGUGUUAGUGAGCGGAAAACACAGGAGAGCAACGCUCACCAUUGUGAAAAAUCCACAGAUGUCGUUGCGUGCAGAAACCUGCUUGAUGAUUUUAUUAACGAUGAACCAGUGGGAAGACACACAUUUGAACGGGCUAAUGAAAUGUCAGCAACGUUCUCUUCCUUCGCAGAUCUCCCUGUACCAGCAGAUGUAGAAAUUUUCAGUGCAGAACUUGUGACACUUAGUGAUCCAUGCGUCUCUUUAAAUCCAGUGUUUGAUACUAUUCAAAGUUUAGAAGCUUCACUUCUAAGCUGUGCGCGUCCAAGUAAUCAGUUUGAAGAAUGGUUGAAAUGGACUAUUGAAAAGAAGAUGUGGAAUUUCCCUAUUAAUAAUGAACAAGACUGGGAUUCAGAAAUGGAUGUACCAUUUUAUGAACAUGUAUUUUUGGAAAACCAUCUAGAUAAAAAACAACUCAAGUGUAAACCGUUGGCAUCCUUUUUGGAGCUUGUUUGCAAUGGUCUUUCAAAAAUCCAUAUUUUACUGUCAAUGAGAAGAAACAACAUCUGA